CGUAUAAAUAUUAUUACCAUAUAUAGUUUUAUUGAUGGGAAAAAAAAGUAAUAAUUGGUUUGUUUGGUGAUCCUCUAAAAAAUUAAUAUGCCAAUGGAAGAGAAUAUUGAGUACACACAAGAUGGAACUGUUGAUCUUAAAGGAAAACCUGUUCUCAGAUCAAAAACAGGUGGCUGGAAAGCUUGCUCCUUCCUUGUUGUGUAUGGGACAUUUGAAAGAAUGGCUUACUAUGGUAUAUCAUCAAAUUUGAUCCUAUAUCUGACAAAGAAACUUCACCAGGGCACUGUCACCUCUUCCAACAAUGUCAACAAUUGGGUUGGAACUGUUUUUAUUACUCCCAUAAUAGGUGCUUAUGUUGCUGAUUCUCACCUUGGUCGCUAUUGGACUUUUGUCAUUGCCUCCCUUAUAUAUUUAUUGGGUAUGUGUCUACUUACACUAUCAGUUUCUCUACCAAGCCUAAAGCCACCUGAGUGCCAUGAAAUGGAUGUGACAAAGUGUAAAGAAGCUACCACACUACAGCUAGUUGUGUUCUAUGUUGCCCUCUACAUUAUAGCAGUGGGAACAGGUGGAACCAAACCUAACAUUUCCACCAUUGGUGCUGACCAGUUUGAUGAUUUUGACCCAAAACAGAAGGGACUUAAGCUCUCAUUCUUCAAUUGGUGGAUGUCCUGCAUUGUUUUUGGGUCACUAUUUGCAUUCACAGUUAUAGUGUAUAUACAAGAUAAUGUGAGUUGGACUCUUGGUUAUGCUCUUCAAACAACUGGAUUUGCAAUAUCAAUCAUCACAUUCUUGGCAGGCACACCUUUCUAUAGACACAAAUUGCUUUCAGGGAGUCCCAUUAAUAGAAUGGUUAAGGUCAUUGUGGCAGCUAUAAGGAAAUGGGGUGUAACUGUUCCUGAAGACCCAAAAGAACUAUAUGAGCUUAGUUUGGAAGAGUAUACCAGUAAAGGGAAGUUCAAGAUUGAUUCCACUCCAACAUUCAGGUUCCUUAAUAAGGCUUGUGUGGACACUGGUUCAAGAACUAGUAGCGAGUGGAUGAUAUGUCCUAUAACACAAGUAGAGGAGACCAAACAAAUCCUAAGUGUAAUCCCUAUUUGGGUUGCUACAUUUAUUCCUAGUGCAAUGAUUGCUCAGAUAAAUACCUUGUUUGUAAAGCAAGGAUCUACACUCGACAGAGCCAUUGGCAACUUCGAUAUUCCUCCAUCAAGUUUAAUUGCAGUUACAAUCUUAACCAUGAUUAUCACGUAUAUAAUCUAUGAACAUUUCUUUGUCAAGAUUAUGCAGAGGUUGACUAAGAACCCUAGAGGGAUUACUCUUCUUCAAAGAAUGAGCAUAGGAUUCAUAAUCCAUAUAGUGAUAAUGAUAGUUGCAUAUUUGGCUGAAAGACAUAGACUAUUUGUGGCCAAAGAACAUGGAGUAAUUGAAAAUGGAGGACAGGUUCCAUUGAGCAUAUUCAUUUUGGCUCCACAAUUUGUACUUAUGGGAAUAGCAGAAGCCCUCUUAGAGGGUGCCAAAAUUGAGUUUUUCUAUGACCAAGCCCCAGAAAGCAUGAAGAGCCUUGGGAGUUCGUAUUCCUUAACUACUACGGGCAUUGGUAGUUUCCUUAGCACUUUUCUUCUCUCAACAGUUUCACAUAUCACAAAGAAACAUAGUCACCAAGGGUGGAUUUUGAACAACCUAAAUGCUUCUCAUCUUGAUUACUACUACGCAUUUUUGGCAAUACUAAAUGCCCUGAACUUCAUUUUCUUCAUGAUUGUCUCAAAAAUCUAUGUCUACAGAGCUGAAGUUUCAGAUUCUCUAAAAGUGCUUGAAACAGAGCUCAAAGAGAGGACAACAGCUAUAAGUGUCAAAACAGAUAUUAGAAGAUAAUUGUGUUGUGUAUAUGAAGGGCAAUAGGGUGUUUUAAACACCACAUUCUUAAGAACAAAUUUUGAAAAUGUUAUAUAGCUUAACGAUCAUGUCUCUGAUUAUUUUUUAUUUUCAACUGUAGUGUAAAAGUUUAUUAUCCUUCAUCUGAACAAUGUAUUGAUAAUAGUGAAUGUCCUAUUGCUAAUAAUGAAUAUAUUUUAGCUUAUA